AUGUCCACCGCGCCCGCGCGGCGCGCCCACCCGCCGCUGCAGAACGGCUCGAGGGGCGACGACGGGGACGACGAGCGCGAGGAGGAGGAGGAGGAGGAAGUGGGCGAUGACGAGGCGGAGGAGGAGGACGAGGAGGAGCCGCGGCUCAAGUACCAGCGUCUGGGCGGGAGCGUGCCGGCGAUCCUCUCCACCGACGCCGCAGCCGCCAUCGCCGUCGCCGACCGCAUGGUUGCGCUCGGUACCCACAACGGCAUCCUCCACAUCCUCGACUUCCAGGGCAACCAGGUGAAAGAAAUUGCUGCACACACAGCAACUAUCAAUGACAUAAGUUUUGAUGGGGACGGUGAAUAUAUAGGAAGCUGCUCAGAUGAUGGCACAGUGGCAAUAAACAGCCUCUUCACUGAUGAAAAACUAAAGUUUGAGUACCAUCGCCCCAUGAAGGCAAUGGCUCUAGACCCUAAUUAUGCCCGGAACUAUAGAGGAUUUGCUACUGGUGGUUUGGCAGGCCAAGUACUUGUGUUGACAAAGAAGUCUUGGGGAGGUUACCAUAAGAAGGUUUUGCGUGAUGGUGAAGGGCCAAUCCAUUCGAUGAAGUGGAGGGCGGACCUUCUUGCUUGGGCUAACGAUGCAGGGGUGAAAGUGCAUGAUAUGAGGACAGACAAAGGAAUUGCAUUCAUAGAGAGACCAAAAGGCAUUCCUCGACCAGAGUUCUUGCUUCCCCACCUAGUCUGGCAGGAUGAUACAGUCUUAGUUAUUGGAUGGGGAACAAGUGUCAAGAUUGCAGCGAUUCGAACAGAUUUAUCUCAGGGAUUCAAUGGCCUACAAAGGACUAUCACCACAGCUAGUUCUGAGAAGUAUGUGGACGUUGUAGGCUCAUUCCAAACAGGUUACCACAUAUCUGGGAUUGCUCCAUUUGGUGACCUUUUAGUUGUACUUGCCUAUAUUCCUGACGAGGACAAAAAAGAGAGAACAUUUAGUACUUCUGUUACUUCACGACAGGGAACUGCACAGCGUCCAGAAAUACAUCUUGUAUCAUGGAAAAAUGAUGAACUUACUACAGAUGCUCUGCCUAUUCAUGGUUAUGAGCAUUACAAGGCAAAGGACUAUGCUCUUGCGCAUGCACCUUUCUCAGGAAGUAGCAAUGCAGGUGGACAGUGGGCUGCUGGCGAUGAACCUUUGUAUUACAUUGUGUCUCCUAAGGACAUAGUGGUUGCAAAGCCAAGAGAUGCUGAAGAUCAUAUUGCUUGGCUUCUUCAACAUGGUUGCCAUGAAAAAGCAUUGGCUGCAGUUGAGGCAGUGCAAGGACGCACUGAGCUUCUUGAUGAGGUGGGUUCAAGAUACCUUGAUCACUUGAUAAUUGAAAGAAAAUAUGCUGAAGCUGCUCAGCGCUGCCCAAAGUUGCUGCGAGGAUCUCCUUCAGCAUGGGAGAGAUGGGUCUUCCACUUUGCUCAUCUUCGCCAACUUCCUGUUUUGGUCCCUUAUAUACCUACAGAAAAUCCUCAGCUGACUUCACCGGUCAUAUCUGCCAUUGAGCCACAGCUAAACUCCUCAUCGAUGACUGAUUCAUUGAAAGAGGCAUUAGCAGAAUUGUAUGUGAUCAAUGGUCAAUAUGAAAAGGCACUUUCUCUUUAUGCUGAACUCUUGAAGCCAGAAGUAUUCGAGUUUAUUGAGAAAUACAACUUGCAUGAUGCCAUUUGUGAUAAGGUUGUCAAUCUUAUGAUAGUGGAUAAUAAAAGAACAGUUCACCUACUGAUCCAACACCGUGAUAUCAUUCCCCCAUAUGAAGUUGUGGAGCAGUUGUUGCAUACCAGUAAAAACUGUGACAAGAGAUAUUUGUUACACCUAUAUUUGCAUGCUUUAUUUGAGAUAGAUGUACAUGCUGGAAAGGAUUUUCAUGAUAUGCAGGUGGAGCUUUAUGCAGAAUACGAGCCAAGGAUGCUACUACCCUUCCUCCGAACCAGUCAGCAUUACAGGCUUGACAAGGCAUAUGGAAUCUUUGCACAAAAGGAACUUGUAAGGGAGCAGGUUUUUGUCCUUGGUCGAAUGGGCAAUGCUAAGGAAGCUCUUUCGACAAUUAUAAACAAACUGGAAGACAUGCAGGAGGCUGUUGAAUUUGUUACAGAGCAACAUGAUGAUGAACUGUGGGAGGAACUGAUUAGACAAUGCCUCCAGAAGCCUGAAAUGGUAGGGAAUCUAUUGGAACAUACCGUUGGCAAUCUUGAUCCUCUGUACAUUGUCAGUUUGGUUCCUGAUGGCUUAGAAAUACCUCGGUUAUGGGAUCGUCUUGUGAAAAUUGUGACGGAUUACCGAACAGAAACUUCAUUGCGAAAUGGAUGCAAUGAUAUACUUAAGGUUAACUUUCUUUCCUAUACUGUGCUGCUCCGUAUUUCAAUCGUCUCGAAUUCUGAGUAUUUUCCAUCCGAAACUUGCCUUGUUCAGGCUGACUGUGUUAACCUUUUGGUUAAAUACUACCAUGAGGCUCGGCGUGGUGUCUACAUGGCAAGCAUGGACGAGGAGGUACAUGGGAACAGAACUGAUGAUGGAUCCUCUCGGGGGCAUGAGAGAUCAUCUAGCGUCCGGGCUCUAGAUAUCAAGUCCAGAACGAGAUGUGGUGCCCGGUGUUGCUUGUGCUUCGAUCCUUUGCCUAUCCAGGACAUCUCUGUCAUCGUGUUCUACUGCUGCCAUGCAUAUCAUCUGUCUUGCCUUGAAGGUGGUUUAGACUCGAUGAGAUCAAACAGUAAUCAGGAUAGUGACAGUGGCACGGACGAUGAGGAUGGUUCCCCAUCAGGCCAGUCUCGUAUACGCUGUGUAUUGUGCACUACUGCUGCUGCAUAA